UCUUAGCUUUGUUAUUCAUAUACUUUAUAGAACUGAUUGGGGGCUGAAUGAGGUAUGCAUACCCUGUGUCAUGUCUAUUUUGGUUCCAUACUCUGAUUUGAGAUAUAUUAUGUUGAAAACAUUGUGUGUAUUUUUAUGCUCUUUCAAUGAUUUUGAAUACUUCACAAUACUUAGAAUUAUGAAUGACUGUUGGGGUUUUGGGGGGCAGAUGAUCAUUUUAAGGACCACAGUAGAUACAUGAAGCUAUAGAAAAGCUUAAUGAAAAUAAUUGAUUUUCAGUAUGUUAAGAUACUUGUUUCAUGUGUUAAAGAGUGGCAACUGCAUUUUACUAUAUUUAGGGACUGAAUGUCUAUGCAAUGCUUUAUAUACUUGGCAUUGGAUUCUCUGUAUGGACACAUUUCUACAAUAUAGUUAUGGGUAUCCACACCAUUCUUGCAACUGGAAAUUAAGAAAAAGUAUGUCUUACUGAGACAUUUGAAUUUGCUGCUUGCAAACAAUACAAACUCAUUUUUGAAUCUGCCUUCAACAUAAUGUUGAGGAGCAUGAGCAGAAUAAAGUGUUCACCUAAAAUAUUGCCUUUGAGAAAAUACUGUCUUGGAGAAAAGUAAUGAAGGAUAUAUUGAUGCUACUUAUUCUUAUAGAUUUAGCAUCUAUAUUAGAUAUUUUGCCUGAAGACACAAAUUUGUUUAAAAUAUGUUUUCUUUAUGUAAGGAAUUGGUGGUAGUCAGUUUCAUUCAUUUUAGCACUUGCAGGAUAAAUUGAAGAGUGUAGCAUCUUAGUUUCAGUUCGUAUUCUGUACCACAGAUAUAUAAAAAUGUGAGUGAAACAAUUGAGAGGAAAGUGUUUUCAAGUCAUCUGAUCCAAAAUUAUGUUUCACAGUGAUUCACCAACUUAUCGCGAAUGCUAAAAAUGACUGUGACAGCUCUCCUUCAGUGUAAUAUUUAAGUUAUGUUUAGUUUAAGUGCACAACUCCAGGACAGCUGUGCAUCUAGAUAGAGCAAUAUUAUAAAUUGGAAAUUUCCUAUUUAUCUAUUAUCUAUCUAUGUAUCUAUUAAAAAUAGUAAAGGGCCAGGCAUUUCAAAAAGAAGUUUGCCAAUGAAACAGAUUAAUGAAAAGAAAACUUAAGAAACAAAAAUGUCUGAAAUUAAAUAUUUUGCUGAGGUGUGGGUACUUUUUAAAAUGGAAUUGAAGUAUUUUAGAGUUGCUAUGGUUAACUGCACUCUUUUGCAUUCAUGCAGAACAAAGAUUCCAGGGUGAGUUUGGGCAUCAUUCUAAGCUGCUGUUUUUCUGUAUGUUUAACUAUCAUGCAAAUGCGAGGAGCAAAAUGCAAGUGAAUGGCCUAAGUAUGCUAAAAUUCAGCUUAUUAAUGAUAAAUUGAAUUUCAGUUGAAUCCUAUGUUAUAAAUGUAUGCAAACAUGGCCACUGACUCAAAAUAAAGCUAUGUUUGCUCUAGAAACAUUGGUCUACAUAUGUGAGUUCUUCUAUUAAUCUGAAUUUAAUUACAGCUUUAAGUUAAAUUCCAUUCUCAGGGCUGAGGAAUAGUACUUACCUUGGCUUAUAUCUUAACUAAUAAUAACAUGGUUAGGCUUAGACCAGUGCAAAUUAGUUUUAAUUAAAAAGUCAGAUAGCAAAUUCUGUAUGUGCUUGUACUAAUAGCUAAAAUUACAAAUAGACAAGUGUUCGGUAAUUGAGUCAGUUUUUACAUUUUUGGGGAAUUAUUUUAGUGUAACAUAGCUUUUUGUAUUAAAAUUACAUUCCUUUGCCAUUAAAUGGUUGAAUAUGAUUGAAUGUAGAUCAAGAAGUAGAAACUUAUUUAAUAUGCUCAUUUACUUGACAGUCAAUUUAAUUCACUUGACCUUAUUUUCAGUAAGUAAAUAAGGGUUGUGGCUCUUAAGAAACCAGUUCAAAUAAUUAUAUUGAUUAUUUGCAUUGCUUUUUGUGACCAAAUUUAAUAUAUUAUAGGUAGCCAUUGACUUACAGCUUGGCAAUUGUUUGAAGCUACGACAGACCAUCCAAAGGAACCUUUUUCACCCAUUGCAAUGGGCUGCCGGGACGUUCAUGCUGCGACGGUCCUAGCCUUCCUCUCUGGAACAGCUGCUUUAUCGGGACUCAUUGCUGCCGCACUGCUUCCAAACUGGAGACAAAUACGACUCUACACCUUUAACAAAAAUGAAAAGAAUGUGACCGUUUACACCGGGCUGUGGAUUAAGUGUGUUCGCUUUGAUGGGAGCAAAGACUGUGUCAUUUAUGACACCAAGUGGUACAAAACAGUCGACCAGCUAGAUUUGCGUGUCCUCCAGUUGGCUCUUCCCAUUAGCAUGUUGACCACUGUCUUGGCCCUUUUUCUCUGUUUAAUUGGCAUGUGUAACACAGCCUUUGUAUCCACCGUGCCCAACAUCAAGCAGGUCAGAUGCCUCAUCAAUAGUGCAGGCUGCCAUCUUGUGGCCGGCCUUUUCUUUCUUCUUGCUUGCGUCAUUUGCCUGAUACCAUCAGUCUGGGUCAUCUUUUAUAAUAGAGAGCUGAAUCAAAAAUAUGAGCCUGUUUUCACCUUUGACAUUUCUGUUUACAUUGCUAUUGCCAGUGCAGGUGGCUUAUUAUUUACAGCUAUUCUCUUAUGCCUCUGGUACUGUGCAUGCAAGACCCUACCUUCCCCUUUCUGGCAGCCUCUAUAUUCUCAUGCCCCUAGUAUGCACAGCUAUGCUUCCCAGCCAUAUGCUGCGCGAUCACGGCACUCUGCCAUUGAAAUUGACAUCCCUGUGGUGACGUGUGCUUCUUAAAAGAAUGGGUCAAGAAAGCCAAGCAUCCCUUUGCGUAUUCUCCCCCAUUUACAAGUUAAGUGCUUUCCCACAGCUUAGAAACUUCUGCAACUAUAGCAAGGGUGUGUGUAGUUUGGUGACUUUUACUUCCAUUACUUAGAUUGAUAGGAAAUGGGAAUGAUCAGGCUGAAAUACUAGAAGCGACUGCAAAUUUUUAAGGGCCUCUGAAACCAGCAGUUUUUGUAAAUUUAUAAACAACAAACUUUAGUAGUAUCCUCUUACUUUUACAGAACUCAAGUUUCUUCCAUAAAACAUAGUACAGAAAAAUGCUAUUGCGCUGUUUGUCUUCCAGUAUGUGAAACAGUUAAGUACAGAGAGUCCACAGCUUACGACUGUUUGUUUAACAAUGGUUCAAAGUUACAAUGGCCAGAAAAAAAAUAAUUUACAACCUGUGCUUAAUGUCUGGCACACCACCCUUGUGGUCAUGUGAUCACAAUUUGGGUUCUUGGCUAUCAGCUUGCAUUUACGACUGGCUGCUGCAUCCUGCAGGCAUGGGAAUCACAAUUUUUUAUCUUCCCAGCUGAUUUCAAUUAAAAGUGUCCAUUGGGCAUGGUGGAUCUGCUUAUUGAUCACAUGAAUUACUUAACUGUGGUGAUUCACUUAAGCAUUGGUGAAAAUGGUGUAAAAUCAAUCUGGUCACAUUUUAUAACUGCAAUAACUUACAAAGGAAAUUCUGAUCGCACAUCAAAGAGUACUUAUCCUUCUUACCAGAUUAUAGGCAAUGGUAACAUUCAAAUAAUUUAACAACCAACUCUCUGCCCUAAUGAUUUCUUCCAACAGCCAGUUCACCAAACUGCUCAGAAAUUUCAAAACUUCGGUUCUCCCGAAGUAGUGCGAACUGGCUGAAUCCCACCACUGACUACAGGUAGUCCUCAACUUACAACCAUUCACUUAGUGAUUUGAAG